AGAGCUUCAGAGACGUACUUCGGAUUAAUUUUCGCGAUGACCUCAAAUCCGAAUUCUGGAAAUUUCGCUUCUUCGGAUCCUCUCUAUUUCCAUCCAUCCGAUCAUCCAGGAUUGUUGCUCGUCUCUAAGCAAUUCAAUGAAUUGGAUGAAUGGUUUGGCCAGUCUAACGGUGCUAUGCUGUAUCAACUUCAGAAGGAAAUCAGUUCUACCAGUCAAGGAAAUCUUGAUAUUGCAGCUUAUUACACCAAGUUGAAGAAAAGUUGGGAUGAGCUCAAUGAUAUCACAAAAUUCCCUAAUUGCACAUGUGGAGCUAUCCAAGCCUUACUUAAACAUGAUCAGGAUCAUAAACUGAUUCAACUCUUGAUGGGGCUGAACUCUGCAUACACUACAACGCGUGGAAAUUUGUUGAUGAUGAAACCUUUACCUACAGUUGCUCAAGCUUACAAUCUGUUGAUACAUGAAGAAAAAUAGAGAGAAGUUCAAGUUCCUAACCAAAUUCUACCUGAUCAUGCUUCUCUAAAUGUUGCCAAACCUACAUAUGGAAAUUACAAAGGGAUCAUGAAAACUGACACUAAGAGAUCCCUAUUCUGUGAACAUUAUUGCAAGAAACCUGGACAUCUAGCUAAUAGAUGUUUCAAGCUAAUUGGCUUCCCAAAGGAUUUCAAAUUUACAAAAGGGAAGAAUGUGUCAGCACACUCGGCCAAUGUUGAAGAAUCACACAAAACCAUUCCCGAAACAGAGAUGCAUGUCAAUUCUAAUCUCUGCAAUCAAUUUUUGAAGUUUCUUGCAAAUGUUCAGAUCAAUGGGAUCAAUCAAGACAAUAAUCAGCUUAUUUCAUCUGCUUUUCAUGCUGUUCAUCAGAACUCCAUACCUCAUUCGGCUUGUUCAGGAGGCUAAGGAGGACCCUGCAUGGCAAGAAGCUAUGAACAAAGAAUUAGAAGCUUU